UACAUUUGAAACAGGUGCUGAUCCGACAACAAAUUGAAAAUCAGUUUACAUUCAUAAUUCAAACGUUCAACAUGCAAUUCAAUCUGUGGAAAAAUUCGGCUGUUUGCCUUGUGAUCCUGUUGGCCGUACUACUGCCCUCUGUCAGAGGUGGCGUUAAGGCAGCACCCCAAGGUCGGGAGUUAUUUAAAAACGAGGAUGCAAUAAAUCUGGAAACUUCAAAGGGACAAGUGGUGGGAAAGCGACAAUUGGUGGCCAAGGAUUCGGAGACACAGGCCACGAAUGAAAAGGAUUCGGCGGUGAAAGUGAAUGAAGUAAAACAGGAUCUAAGUAAGGAGAUCGAAAGUGUUAAGAAAACACGUCCAAGUUUGAAAUCUGAAAGUUCCAACAAGGAUCAGAAAAUCCCUGAAAAGCCACAAUCAUCAAAUGAAAGUUCUGGAAAACAACUCGAAAAGCAAACCAAAGAAAAUUCUGCCAAAGCCACCGUAGCAGACAAUAAAAAGAAAGCUUCUCAGGGAAGUUCCCCAGGGAAACCCUCAAUGGCGGAUCAAAUAAAGAAAAUUAUCAAAGAGCACAGCAAGGACCAACACGAACCCUCAGUGGAACAUCACAAAAUGAAUCACAAGUUGAGGACACGUCAAACCGAUGAUGAUUCCAGUUUCGAAGAAAUUAGUGAUGAUUUGGCAGAUGCUCUAUUCAGACAGCGUAACGAUUUCAUAGCUGCAGCUGGCAAUCUUGAAUCGCCACGACCCGUUCAGGCGAUGCGUGCCAAUAUGAACAGCGGCCUUUGAUUUGCAUUGGAGUUUUGAAUUUUCCGCACUCCCCUCUCCCAGUCUCCCUCACUCACUCUCUUUCUUUACACGACAAAGCAGAGUUCCAUCACCUCUCAAGACCAAAAAUAUAUACACAUGUAUGUGCAGAUGUUUGUCAAGCGAUAAGAAUUAUAAAUAUUGACGGUGUGACGUAUUUUUAAUAAUAAGAUGAAAGGAAUUAAGUAAAAGACUCGUAAGCCUCUAAGAAAAAUAAAUGAAAGAUAAAA